AUGGAUGAUGUUGGGAGCAGAUGGGCAACCUCCAAACAACCAUCCUCAAAGAGACGAGCCAUGGCCGGCGCAAUUCCAGAGGGAUUUCCACCGGAAAGACUCCUAAAUUCCAAAAAGAGGGUUGUCUUGGGUGAACUGACCAAUAUUGGGGAUCUCCGAAGUCCCGAUAAUAAACCCCGAAUCACUACAGAUACGAUUGUGCAGAAGGAAUCGGUUGAUUCAGAAAUUGAUCUUGGUGGUGGUGGUGAUACCUCUUCUAUUCAUUCCCCUCUUUUAUAUCACCAUCUACGCUCCCGAGAGGCGGAGGAGGGGAGGCGGCCUUUGCCUGAUUACAUGAUGAAAUUUCAGAAAGAAAUAAAGCCAGCUAUGCGAGCAAUUUUAGUUGAUUGGUUGGUUGAGGUUGCUGAUGAGUUCAAACUCGUCGCGGAUACUCUUUACCUAGCUGUGAACUAUAUCGAUAGAUACCUAUCUUCGCAUGCUUUGAGCGAAACGAAACUUCAGCUUCUUGGUAUUUCCAGCAUGCUUGUAGCCUCAAAAGUUGAAGAGAUCUCUCCACUUCGUGCUGAAGAUUGUUCCUAUAUCACAGAUAACACGUACACCAAAGAAGAGGUUAUUGCUAUGGAAAGCAAUCUACUCAAGUUCUUGAACUGCAAUACAUAUACCCCAAUAUCAAAAAGUUUUCUCAGAAUCUUUGCCGAGCCUGCAAAAGAGAACUCACAAUUCGAAAACCUGCAAUUUGAGUUCCUCGCUCAUUAUAUUUUGGAACUUAGCUUGACUGAUUAUGCAUGCGUGAAGUUCUUGCCAUCGGUCGUUGCAGCUUCAGCAGUUUUCCUUGCGAAGUUUACCAUCGUACCAACCAUUCAUCCAUGGAGUUUGCGACUGCAGCGGUACACAGGUUACAAAGCAAGUGAACUGAGGGGAUGCAUCCGUGCCAUUCAUGAUCUAUUACUGAAGAACAGGAGCUCUGCUAAGGCAGUGCGAGAUAAGUACAUGCAACCAAAGUACAAGUGUGUCGCGUCACUGUGUCCGCAGUCAGAAAUUCCGAAGCACUACUUUGAGUGGGAGAGCGACGAGAAACUGGUCAAAGAAGCCGGCGGCGAAGUCCUGCCGGACGGACGUCAUGGGCUGCGGAUACAUGGAUGGGAGAUUGAAUCACGCAAGGGCUCCAUUCUCAAAUCCUUACAGCGCCAAGAAUGGGAAGAAAAGCUAAAGACUUGCCACUUACCUGAAAUGAUCUUUGGAGAUAGUACUUUGGUUCUUAAACAUUUGAAGACUGGAGUUAGAAUUCAUUUCAAUGCUUUUGAUGCUUUACUCGGUUGGAAACAAGAAGCUUUGCCUCCAGUUGAAGUUCCAGCAGCUGCACAAUGGAAAUUCCGAAGCAAACCGUCUGAGCAAAUAAUCCUGGACUAUGAUUACACCUUUACCACACCAUAUAGUGGUAGCGAAACUCAUGAAACAAAUUCUGAGCUGACAAGUGCUCCAGAGGAAAAUCAUUCCGGAUUUUGUUGGGAGGAUUGUGAAGAGCGACUUGAUUUGGUUUCCUUGUCAUCAAAAGAGCCCAUCCUCUUCUAUGAUGAAGUAGUUUUGUAUGAAGAUGAACUAGCUGAUAAUGGAACAUCCCUACUAACUGUAAAAUUGAGAGUUAUGCCUAGCAGUUGGUUUCUUCUCUUGCGUUUCUGGCUAAGAGUCGAUGGGGUGCUAAUGAGAUUAAGGGACACUCGUGUACAUUGUCGGUUUGUGGAGAAUGCAGAACCAGUUGUUAUUCGGGAAACUUGCUGGAGAGAGGUCACAUUUAAAACCCUGGCAUCUAAAGGGUAUCCUGUCGAUUCCGCUUCAUAUAGUGAUCCAAGUGUAGUUAGUCAAAGGCUUCCCAUAAUCAUGCAGAAGACCCAAAAGCUUAGAGUUCCAGAUGAUCUGACCGCCAUAACAUCUUGA